CUCUCUCGGGCGCGCCCCUUCUUCUCAGAGCCACGCCCCCUCAGGUUCGGCCGCUUUCCCGGCCCCUCCUCCUGUGGGCCACGCCCCUCCUGACUCUGCGGGCCCCGCCCCGGCCCCGCCCCAUCGCUGCCGGGCCCUCGCCGUAUUCGGCCAGUGGGGGCACCGGCGGCGGCGGAGGCGGCUACUGGGGAGCGGGACGCGGCGGAAGGGGACGCGGAGCGGUCGCGUGCGCGGGGGGCAGCUCCAGGUGCGGAGCGGUGGCCGCGGGCGCUCAGGGGCCCCGGGGAACAAUGGCGCUGGGCCCGCGGGGCGCGCUGCUGCUGCCGCUGCCGCUGCUGCUGGGCGCGCUGCAGGUGCUGGCGCUGCCGGGGGCCGCGGCGGACGGUGCGGACCUCCAGGGCUCUCCAAGGGGAAACGACUCUCUGCCUCUGCUGACCUCCAGUGCUAAUGUGACAGAGAAUAUCACCGUGGCUUCCAACCAGACCAAUGAGGUUAACAACAGCACUGUAACUACAGGACUGCCGAGAAAUGUCACAGCUGUCACUGUGACACCCACAGCUAUUGCUAAAAUAUCAACACCAGAGGUCUCACCACACAUGACUUCCACUGUCUCAAAGUCUACACCCAAAGCAAGUGCUUCUCCAAACUCAACCCAGACGUCAGCAUCCAUGAUGACCACAGGCCACAGUAGUUUGAAGACAUCUAUAACGAUAACAGCAACUACUCAUUCUGACAAAAGUAAAGGAUCAAAGUUUGACACCGGCAGCUUUGUUGGAGGAAUAGUGUUAACACUGGGAGUUCUGUCUGUUCUCUACAUUGGAUGCAAAAUGUAUUACUCGAGGAGAGGCAUCCGGUACCGAAGCAUUGACGAACAUGAUGCCAUCAUUUAAAGUACUCCCUUGGCCAAAGAAAGAAGAGACUGCAGCCUUAUCGAUUAGUUUGGUUUUUAUUAGCUCAAAAUAUUAUUUUCUUGGAAAUAGUAUAAGCAAGCCAUUUAUAAAAUGAACAGUGUUUUCCAUAAAUAUCUGGAAAUCCUUCAUUACUAAAGGUAAAGGGUAUGGUCUGGAUGGUUCAGUGAAUAUUUGGAACUAACGGAUGAUUAUCCAGUGAUUACAUUCGCUUUAGAAAGCCACAGCAAGGCGAGUCCUGUCUUUAGGAGUACGCGCGUGGCCCUGUCCCUGAGGGUCAGGGUCCCAUGGAGCGCUGCACUUCCUGUGUCAUUCAGAGCUGGGUGCGCCCUGACUCACGCCUCGGGCUCCACAGCCUAGCUAACCAGCUCACCUUAAGGAAGAGUUGGCGUUUCAGGGUUUCCCGUCAGGGUUGAUCUGGAGAGGACUUGCACUUCGACACAGCCCUCGAACACCGUGUUAAAGGCCGCCAGAGCACUGUGGAGCGUGGACUUCACUGAGCACUUGUUUCCAGCUGCUCAGAUGUCUCUCCGCUCUGUAUGACUUAGACGAGCUGCAGUGCUUGACACGCUUCUCAAAAGCUGCGGUGGCAGGCCUGGCAGUGCAGGACACGCAGCCGGCUGCCGUGAGACCUGUCACUGCGCUUGAACCCCGUUCACACGCGCCUGCCAAUUUGAGUUGUAGUCAGUGUUUUUUAGAGACUUUAGAGCUGCUUCCCAUGGGUAGAAAUUUGUAAUAGAGUGUAAAAAUCCUUUCCUUUUUUAAGUUCCCAUUAUAUGAUUUCCAAAUCAGUGUUUAGAAGUCUAUAUUGAUGGCAAAAUGUGCUGUUAUCUAAAGCAGGGACUAUGAACCCCCCCCAAAACCCACAGGGUGGAGAUGCUGUAUUUUUUUUACACUGUCAGUGUACUCAGAUUUGAGAAAAUGACUUUUUAUGAUAAGCUGUGUUUUGGAGUAAAUUCCAGCUUCCUUAUCCCUUUGGAAAGGGAGCUGCAUCCUGGUGUUUGCAGGAAAAGCAGCUUCCGGUCCUCCAGCAGCCCAUGUGGUAUUUAGUUCUAUAGUUUAUAUUCCAGGUCAAACUCAGGGUCACGUUUAACAAAGGAGGUGUUUAGUUACAAAAUACUAAUAUUUCUAUUGUGGAGGGCCAAAGCAAAUUACAGCAAUUCCUGAAAGUGUAUAAAUAAGCCAAAAAUGUCCUAAUGAGUGCACACCUGUUACAGUUAAAAAUGUAAGUGUAACUUUUUGAAUCUGCUUCUGGUUUUCAAAAAGGGCAAACUAGCAAGAAUUUUUUUGUAUAAAUAAGAAUCAUUUCUACUUGCUGUAUAUUAGGGCCACCAUGGACUGCUCAGAUCUCCAUUAGUGCAGAAAGAAGGGAAAUGGACCAUGGGGUAGACCAGUUUCAGAGCUGGCCUGAUGGGAAACUGUAGGGGUGAGUCCACAAAACUGUCUUGGUUCACGUAGAGGAAACCAGUGCUUUCUCAUUGGCCGCGUGUCUUCAGAAUGUAGUUUGGGUGGUGAGGGCUGUAAGUUUCACAUGGUUUUGUUUGCUAUGUUCCUGGUCCUCACAGUGCCAGCCGAAGAUGUCCUUUACUGCCUGUCUCUAGCACUUUGAAGAUAGAAACCACUUUGUUAAAGCACUGUCUUUAUGUGCCUCUUAGUUUCUGGGGUUGAAAGUAAUGUUACGGCUUUUCUAAUUUGUUUACUUUCAAAUGCCAGGACCUUUAGCGAAGGGAUUUCUUUUUAAUCUGCGCAAAUUGACCACGUCUUCCAAGACUGGCUUAAGCGAAUGCUUGUCUUUGCUAGCUUUCCUAUAGAGUGUGCGGAUUAAGAUAACACAUCCUAGAUGUUCAGAUAGACCCCAGACUAUGCUACUCUGACUUUAAUAAUUCAGUAACUCCAUAAAAGGAGUAAGUCAAAGGUAGAGAAAUGAGAGUUGGUGACAUAUUUUCUGGUGUGAUAAUUUUGUAUCUUCAGGGGAAAGAUUAGCAAACUCUCGUUACCCUUUUUUCUAUAAUGACCAGUUUUGGUAUUUUGUUGCUACUAAGAUGUAUUUUUAGAAUAAAAUUCGUUCUCCAUUCAAA